CAGAGACAAAGUAGAUGACAGAUAAUAAUAGCGUACAAUGCGUAUAUGGACAACAGUCAUUUUAAAUAUCUGACUCUUGAAAUCCGUGACUGACCAAUCAAAAGUAGGCUACUGCAAUGGACAACAAUAAUUGUUUUUAAUAAAUAUUUGACUUAAAACCUCAGAUUGACCAAUCAGUGGCCUAUUCCACAGAUCCGUGUAAUAAAAGUGUUUAAAUGAAAUGCAAUAUUAAAUCAACAACGAAAACAACAACAACAACAAAAUAAAGAUUAAAUAAAUAAAUAAAAUGAAUGCAUGGAUGAAUACAAAAACUAACACUUUAAUUAUGUUAUUAUGAAUAUUUAUUGAGCCAUGUGAAACCUGUUUUUAAUUCAAGAGAGUAUUUAAAGUAAAUAUUUUAGGGUUUCGGCAGACCAUAAAGGUUGGGGACCCCUGGUUUAAACGGAUUAAGGGACAGUAGGGGGAUGGAUGAGACGCAGUAACUGGACAUAGCCGGUGGUCCAGAUUCUGAUAAAGUAAGUCACAUUGAGACCGGUGCCGCAGUCAUCAUGUCGUCCGUGAGGCUGGAAGGAGAAGUGCUCGCGCGGGAUGAUUGGUGAGGUGUUCCACUGACCGCGCCCUCAUAACCGCUACCGGGAGAACGCGCAUAGAGCGGCAGAUCUGCUGUGGCGUUUCAUGCAGGCUGAGCGGCUUGACGCGCUCACACGGUCGUCGUCUGUACGGCAGCGAGAGGGGAGGGCAAACGCCGCAUUUCGCGUUUCUGGACUAUACGAAAGACAAACGAACAAUUUCCUGUGAGAAGUGGGGAUAACGCGCGCUUUCUUUCAGCCCCAAACACAGAGGCCUGGUCAGAGGAUUUCUGGUGGUGAUGUCUUGCUGGUGGAAUGCAGAUGCACUUCUCUAAGGGGAACUGAGAAGUGUUCCUCAAUGGAGUUACUCAGAAGAGCAUCAAGAUGGAGAAUCAAGUGAAAAGAAAUGCUUAAAUAUUAAGGGAUUUUUAGAAAACUGGGACCGUACUAUUUCUGCAGUGCUAUUUUGGAAAAGGCCAGAUAAAUUAAUACGCUAGACUGGGAAUAAAUAUCUCCUCUGCAGUGGAUUAAGAGAAACGGAACAUUAGAAAAGGAGGAUUAGGAGCACGCUUGGAAGAUGAUGACACGGAAGUGGAGGUGUGGUGCGAAGUUCUCGUGGGCCUCUGUUUGGCUGGGGCUCAUGGUGGGUGUAGCUGUCAGUUCAGCUCUGGAGUUUGACGGUCUGCCGGGUCAGUGGGUUCGCUAUGGACCCUGGGAGGCAGGAGCCACCGGAGAGCUAAGCUUCACCAUGAAGACGAACAUCAGCAAAGCUGUAGUGCUCUACCUGGACGAUGGCGGCAACUGCGACUUUCUGGAGCUCCUGAUCAACGAAGGCCGUCUGCAGUUGCGCUUCGCUAUCCACUGUGGCGAGCCGGCCUCAUUACACAUGGAAACGAACGUCAACGACGAACGCUGGCAUCGCGUGCUGCUUACAAGGAAUUACCGUGAGACCAUGCUAGCGAUGGAUGGGGAGAGCAAAGUGGCGGAGGUGAAGUCCAAGCGAAGGGAAAUGAUGGUGGCCAGCGACUUGUACAUGGGUGGGAUCCCACCGGACGUGCGUCUCUCUGCCCUCACGUCCAGCACGGUCAAAUAUGAGCCACCUUUCCAAGGCCUGAUCGCCAACUUAAAGUUAGGAGAGACUCCUCCUGCUCUCCUGGACAGUCAGGGCGUGAAGAACGAUCUGGAAUACCUGUGUACCAAACAAAACCCCUGCAGCAAUGGAGGACGCUGCUCCAUUCAUGACAGCGAGGUGCUGUGCGAUUGCUCCAAUACUGGCUACAAAGGGAAAUACUGCACUGAAGCUCUCCAGCAAGUUUUAGGAGGUCUGGCGCACCUGACGUUAAAGAGCCAAGCCCCAGGAUCAGCUCCUCUGAUGGCCACUCCUGCAGCAGGUGAUCCAGAAUCAGGCCAAGCGGAGUCAGUGGCCACGUUCAAGGGUAAUGAGUUCUUCAGCUACGACCUGUCCCAAAAGCCCAUCCAGAGCAGCACAGAUGAAAUCACCCUGUCCUUCCGAACGCUACAGCGAAAUGGCCUCCUGCUCCACACCGGCAAGUCUGCCGACUAUGUCAAUCUGUCUCUGAAAAGUGGGGCAGUGUGCCUGGUGAUCAACCUGGGCUCCGGUGCCUUUGAGGCUCUGGUGGAGCCAUCCGACGGCAAGUUCAACGACAAUGCCUGGCAUGUGGUCCGUGUGUCCCGCAACCUACGUCAGCGCGCAGGGGUUGGACUCCCUACGGUAAACAAACUGCAUUAUAUGGUGACAAUAUCGGUGGACGGCCUGCUGACAACCACUGGCUACACCCAGGAGGACUACACCAUGCUGGGCUCAGACGAUUUCUUCUAUGUGGGCGGCAGUCCAAACACGGCAGAUCUGCCCGGCUCCCCUGUGAGCAACAACUUCAUGGGCUGCCUUAAAGAUGUGGUCUACAGCAAUAAUGAGUUCAGACUGGAGCUCUCCCACCUGGCUGAAUUGCGCGAUCCCAGGGUUACCAUCCACGGUGACCUGACCUUCCGCUGCGAGGAUGUAGCUGCAUUGGACCCCGUCAGUUUCGACACGCCGACCGCUUAUGUAACCCUUCCGCACUGGAACGCAAAGAAAGCCGGAUCCGUGUCCUUUGACUUCCGAACCACUGAACCCAACGGCCUCCUGCUGUUCAGCCACGGGCGGCCGCAGAGUUCAAAAGACAACAGACCGAAGGUGGACUUCUUCGCCAUGGAGCUGCUUGAAGGUUUCCUCUACCUGCUCAUGGACAUGGGCUCCGGAAGCAUCAAGAUGAAAGUCGGGAACAAAAAGGUCAAUGAUGGAGAAUGGUGCCACGUGGAUUUCCAGAGAGAGGGCAGGAAAGGCUCUAUCUCCAUUAAUGGCCGCAGUGUUCCCUUUUCCACCAACGAGGGCAGUGAGAUUCUUGAUCUCGAUGGUGAAAUGUUUCUGGGGGGUCUUCCGGAGGACAGCGGCAGUCUUCCUCUCCCCCCAGAAGUGUGGACCGCCCGCCUCAGGCUGGGCUUUGUGGGUUGCUUGCGGGAUCUCUUCAUAGAUGGGCGCAGCAAGGACCUGCGGCGGUUGGCAGAGCUUCAAAGCGCUCCUGGUGUCAGCAGCUUCUGUACAAGAGAGACCCAUCGGAGGUGCAGCUCUGAGCCCUGCGCCCACGGAGGCCGCUGCCACGAGGGCUGGAAUCGACAUAUCUGCGACUGCACUGGAACUGGAUAUCUGGGCACCAACUGCGAGAUGGAGUCUGCAGUGCUGAGUUAUGACGGCAGCAUGUUUCUGAAGGUCCUAAUGCCUCACGCCGUUCACACUGAGGCUGAGGACGUGUCUCUGCGCUUCAUGUCGCAGAGGGCUUACGGUCUGCUCAUGGCCACCACCUCCAAAGAGUCCGCCGACACCCUGCGCCUGGAGCUGGACGGGGGAAGGGUCAGACUCACCGUCAACCUAGAUUGUAUCGGGAUAGACUGUAACCUUAGUAAAGGACCGGAGACUCUGUUCGCAGGGCAUAAGCUGAAUGACAAUGAGUGGCACUCUGUGAAGGUGGUGCGCCGUGGGAAGAGCCUGCAGCUCUCUGUUGACAAUGUGACCGUAGAGGGCCAGAUGAGUGGAGCACACACGCAGCUGGAGUUCCACCACAUAGAGACGGGCAUCAUGACGGAGCGACGCUUCAUCUCAGUCAUGCCUUCCAACUUCAUGGGCCACCUGCAGGGCCUCUCUUUCAACGGCAUGCCAUACCUAGACCAGUGCAAGAAUGGUGACAUCUCCUACUGUGAGCUCAAUGCCCGUUUCGGCAUGCACCGCAUCGUGGCAGAUCCCGUCAGCUUCCGAAAUCGAGCCAGCUAUGUAGCGCUGUCCACCCUGCAGGCUUACGCCUCCAUGCACCUCUUCUUCCAAUUCAAGACCACCAGCCCUGAUGGUCUGAUGCUGUUUAACUCUGGAGACGGCAGUGACUUUAUAGUGAUCGAACUUGUAAAGGGGUACAUCCAUUAUGUUUUUGACUUGGGCAAUGGGCCAUCGCUCAUGAAGGGCAACUCCGACAAGCCGCUCAAUGACAACCAGUGGCACAACGUGAUAGUCUCCCGCGAUGACAGCAAUGUGCACACGCUCAAGAUCGACUCCCGCACGGUCACACAGCACUCCAAUGGAGCCCGCAACCUGGACCUCAAAGGAGAGCUGUACAUUGGAGGUAUUGGGAAGAGCAUGUACAACAGUCUGCCCAAGCUCAUAGCAUCACGGGAUGGCUAUCAGGGCUGCCUGGCCUCAAUUGACCUGAACGGCAGGCUUCCUGACCUGGUGGCAGAUGCUUUGCACCGUGUGGGGCAAGUGGAGCGAGGAUGUGAAGCCGGCCCUGGCACAACCUGCACCGAGGACUCCUGCUCCAAUCAGGGCGUGUGUCUGCAGCAGUGGGAGGGGUUUACCUGCGACUGCACCAUGACGACAUACGGAGGUCCCCUCUGCAGUGACCCUGGGACUACAUAUAUUUUUGGGAAAGGAGGAGCACUCAUCACUUACACCUGGGCCCCCAAUGAUCGACCAAGCACCAGGGCGGACCGUUUGGCCGUGGGCUUUAGCACCCAGCAGAGUGAUGCCAUCCUGGUGCAGGUGGAGAGCAGCCAGGGCCUCGGAGACUACCUGCAGUUGCACAUUGAACAAGGGAAGAUUGGUGUGAUCUUCAAUGUGGGCACAGAUGACAUCACCAUAGAUGAGCCUGCAGUUACCGUCAAUGACGGCAAGUACCACGUGGUACGCUUUACACGUAGUGGUGGCAAUGCCACCCUCCAAGUGGACAACCAGCCAGUCAUCGAGCGCUUCCCAUCAGGGAGCAUUGAUAAUGAACGGCUUGCUAUAGCCAGGCAAAGAAUUCCAUACAGACUUGGUCGGGUAGUUGACGAGUGGCUACUCGACAAAGGUCGGCAGUUGACUAUCUUCAACAGCCAGGCGGCCAUAAAGGUGGGAGGUCAGGAUAAGGGACGGUCGUUCCAGGGCCAGAUCUCAGGCCUGUACUACAACGGGCUGCAAGUUCUUAAACUGGCCGCCGAGGGGGAUCCAAAUGUGCAGGUGACAGGAAACUUGCGUUUGGUUGGGGACGCACCCUCCGUCCUGUCCACAGAGACCACCUCGGCCACCCCUCCAGCUGCGGCUGACAUGUCCACGACCAUAAUGGAGACCACCACCACCAUGGCUACUACCACCACCCGUAGACAGCGCUCUCCUAGCCUGAAGGACAGUAUUACACAGAACUCGGAUGACCUGCUGGUGGCAUCAGCCGAAUGUCCCAGUGAUGAUGAGGAUCUAGAGGAGUGUGAGCCGGGCACUGGAGGUGAACUUGUGUUGCCUAUAAUUACUGUGGACACCCAAGACCCCUUUCCCAUAGCCACCCGUUACCCCGUCAUCCCUGCCCCUCCUACAUCCCUGACCCCUCUCCAAACCACCAAAGAGUCCCUCGUUUUGUCCGAGCCCCGCCCGCCAUGCCCUCCAGACCAGGAGGAUUGCGGCGAGCUCAUGGAGGUAUCGGCCUUCGGCUCCGGAGAAAUGACGGAGUCCGAUGACGAGGACUUUUACAAAAACUCCCCCAUGGUCACAGACAGGACGGUCCUACCGCCCCCCCCUGCCGUGGGCAAGAGCGGAGGCCAGAGCCCAGGUGACCACCGUCCUCCAGUCCCCGGCCCCACCACACACCCUAACCAGCUCCACAUACCCGCAGGCAAAAUGAAUACCCGUGACCAGGUGCUCCUGCCGCCUGCCCCGUCCUCCCGCCAAACUCCAGGGUUAACCUACCCACCUGGUUUCCCCCAUGUGCCCACAGCUAACCCCACCGACCUGAUGGAGAAAGGCCACCCGGGCGCCGUGGAGGUAAUCCGGGAGUCCAGCAGCACCACAGGCAUGGUGGUCGGCAUCGUGGCGGCCGCUGCCCUCUGCAUCCUCAUCCUCCUGUAUGCCAUGUAUAAGUACCGCAACCGAGACGAAGGUUCUUAUCAGGUGGACCAGAGACGCAAUUCAGGAUCCGAAAGCAAUGGCGCCGUAGUCAAAGAAAAGACACCGAGCACAACUGCCGCCGUCGCAAAGACGACCGCCAAGGGCAAGAAAAAUAAAGACAAGGAGUAUUACGUCUGAGAGAGACCGUGGAGGAGGUUCAAAGACAGGAAGUGUGCUGAGGAUUUUAUAACUUCAAAUCGCCUCCUCUGCAUCCUCAAACAUUUAAGCCACACAAUCUUCUGUUUACUUCUCCAAACGUUUUUCUGCCACCGAAAGAUAUGGACGUAGGGAACGAGGAGGAAGGAACACUGACCGAUAGAUCCUCCUUUCGUAUCUGUCUUGCGAGGCCAUUUGUUGUAUGUAAUUUUAUCUCUGUCAUGUCUAAAGUAAAUCUUCCAUUACAUUCCAAAUGAUGUAAUGCCCUCUUUGCGAUUAAAAAUUUAUGUUUUGCGUGCACCAGGAGAGUAACCGAACACCAUGGACAGGGAGAGAAAACCCGCCGGUUUAACAGAUGCCUCCACACAUGAGCUUUUGGUAAUAUUACUGGGCGUUUCUUUAAUAUUAUCUUCACAGAGCUAUGAAAUUGAGAUCUACGAGACGUUCGCUGGGCCCUCGUUGUAAUAAUUCAUGAAGAACAGAAGUGAUUGUGGUAGUUAUUUGCACGAGACAAGCAGAUGCUCCCAUCAGCUCUUGUGGAGAUGUUAAAUCUGAGACCUUUUUCAUGUUCGGUUAGAAAGGCGGUGGAUAGAAUCACAUUUUCCGUUUCAUUUUCUGACGGAGCCUGAAAAACCCAAAGAGUCUGAAUCGUUUACACUCUGGUAUCUUUUGUCAGUGUAGAAAUUAGGAUUUAUCUGUCUCUGCCAUGAAACACAUGAAUCUAAUUCUUUCUUUGUUCUCACAUAAACACGUUCUCGCUUAGAAUGGCAGAUCUGACGGUGAAGCCUGCUUUGACAGCAACACCUCCACUAGCAGGUGUAGAAGAGCUCAGAAGGUUGUUAGAACUUUAAAAAGCCAACAAAAGGCAUUCAGCAGGCAUCUCUCGAUCUCUCUCUCUCUCUCUCUCUCUCUCUCUCUCUCUCUCUCUCUCUCUCUCUCUCUCUCUCUCUCUCUCUCUCUCUCUCUCUCUCUCUCUCUCUCUCUUCUCUCUCUCUCUCUCUCUCUCCAUGGUGCUGAACAUUGUGAACUGUUAGGCUACUAAUUGUGUUCCAUGCAUGAUGCACUCACAUUCAGCUUUCCAUGAGAGUUUUUUUAUUUGAAUUACAUAAAGUUGACAACUCUCAUCUCACCCAGAAGGAUUCAUAGCGCCAUGGGCGAGCACGAUGCGGACAAAAGAGACCUCAGAAAGUGGGACUGUCCUGAACUGAACAACAGCUUGGACAGAAUGAUGUUGUAUCUAUGUAAAUACACAGGACAUUGCUGAAAACGCUUCAGGAGACAGGUUUGUGUGUAUCGAGCAUACGAUACGUAUGCGUGUGUGAGUGUGUUUGUGUGUGAGCGUUUGUCCUUGUUCGUCCUCCGGCAUGAGAAGGAUAUACGCAAGACUACGAGAACUCUUUCUCUUGCCUCCUAUAUUCUCUAUGGUGUGAAACUACAGCCCAAUACCCAUCCAAAUGAGACUACAGUCAGUGAAGCAAACAGGAUAAAGUGAACUUUAUAAUGAAAUCAUAUUUUGAGAACUGUGUGACAUCUCUUCUAGGAAGGAAAAAAGGAACUCCCUCUCAUCGGGAUGCCAGCUCACCACUUCCCAAACCUAAGAAAGAGGAAAAAAGUGAACUGACAAGGCUUUUAUGGAUAAAGCAGCACAACCUUGUGUCCAGACUUUUGUAUCUAAGGACACCUCCUGGAAAGGAGGAAAAAUUAAGAAAAAAAUAAAAUAAAACUGUAUACCGUCUAGAUAUUUCUCACAGUUUAAAAUAUGUUUUUCCUGAAUUGACAUUCCUUGUUAUUACAAAGAGGUUUUUGUUUAGUUCGUUCUCUGCAAAUGAAAAACAAAGGUGUUAUUCACAAUAGAUAUUACUUCAGUUACACAAAGUGAUUUUCAAAUGUGGAAAGAAAAAAAAAUGUUUUGGGAUUUUAUUGAAUUUGGUAAAAGAUGAAGGAUUACACCUAGCCAUACCUCCAUUUUACAUUUGGGUUUUUUGUUUCUUCAUUGACAGGGCUUUUUUCUGUUUGUGUUUUUGUUUUGUUUUUUCUUUAAGAUAUAAUUGUCAUUUACCUAUGCUGGUCAAAGUAUAUUCCCGUUCUUAAUGUAAUUGUAAAGUGUUACCGUGAGAUGAAAUCUAAAUAUGUGUACAUUGAACAGAGGGAAAAAUACACUUGGUUCUAUACUUCGUA